AUGGAUGUCCCUCCUCCCAUAGUAAUCGGCCUAGAAGGCCUCAUCAAGCACUCUCUCCCUCGAAUCAGCCAAGUCCGCAGCACCGCAGCCGCCAUGACAAACUUUGGACGCCUGUCGCCGUUCCUGAAACGGCUUCAAGUCAGCGUCCUGCUUCUAGGCACAAUCUACCGCAAACUCUCGCAAUACGACACCGUGCCGGGGUCCGACCUGUGCAUCGGCAUCUGCCAUGACAGCCUUGUCCAGACUCAGGGCAUGAUUGAAGCAGUACUGCGAGACGAAGACGACAAUGUGUACAAUGUCGGCACAGGGGUAUUGAUUGAAAGGCUGCCCGACGAGAUCAACUCCUUCAUCUCUUCCGUGGAGCUUUUGAGGAGCACAUACCAUGAAGCACAAGCCGAGUUCAUCUUCAAAUCCAUGAAGGAGCUGACCGACUUGCGGCGCGACUACUCACAGCAUCUGCAAGAGUGCACAAAACGCACAGGAAAGCAAUCGAAGCGCACCAUCGCCGACGCUUCGAGUGAAGACGAACAGGUGUCGAGCUCAGACAACGGAACGAGCCUCACCGAGCCGGAGAUGUCACCACCGCUUGCUUCACCAGGACGAAAGCCAGUGGAGCACAAGGGGACACAUGCAGUCAAACCCGCCCUUGGAGGAAAAGAGUCACUUCUGGCCGGUGACACGCAGUCCAAACCUGGAAAGGGCCAACAUCAGCAUCAAGGUGAUGAUUCAUGA